CAUCCCUAUCUAUAACUAUACCUACCUUGUUUCAAUCUAAUGAAUGAUAAAUCUUCACUGUUACAAAGCGUGUGAACAUCUGCAGUGAGAUACCCCCUCCUUCUCUAUACUAUCCUCUGUGGGUGUGCAACGUGCAAAAGCAAUCCACACCCAACAUUCUCUCUCUCUCUCUCUUUCUCUCAGGUCUUCUUGGAAAAGAAAAGCAAAGUCUGGUCUUUUUCAUGUGUUUGAUCAAUCAACUAAGAUGUGAAAACUGAAAAACAAAACAAAAAAACCCCACUUUUCCCAAAGCUCAAUAUAUGUCUUUGCUUCUUAGCUUUGCCUCUCUUCUUCUCUCUCAAAAGGUAUUUGCUUUUGGUUUCUCUAAAGGCAGCUACAGUGUCUUCGUCUAAGCUCACCCAACAACGUAAUUAGCCUUUUUUUUCCCAAUAUAAACAAGUUGCAUGUGUGGUGUUAGUAUUAGUUACCAUGGAGGACAUAUACAGGCUUGAUGAUACAGUAAUCGCGUGUUCAAACGAUGUUGUAAGGGUUAAUGACUUUGCUGCAGCCGUUACCACUGAUUUUCUCAGUACACCAGUUGAUGAUCAUCAUUUACUUCAAUUUGAUCAUCAAGAAACUGAUACAGGUGUUACUGGAUCAUCAGCUAUGUCUGAUCUGAUCAAGACCCAGAUCGCCACUCACCCUCUUUAUCCCAACCUAGUAUCUGCUUACAUAGAAUGCCAAAAGGUUGGAGCACCGCCUGAACUGGCCUCACUGCUUGAAGAAAUUGACCGAGAGAGCCAUACUAUAAGUGGUUGCGGUGAGAUAGGAGCUGAUCCAGAACUUGAUGAGUUCAUGGAAUCAUAUUGUGAGGUUCUUCAUAGAUACAAAGAGGAACUGUCCAAGCCGUUCGAUGAAGCGACGACGUUCUUGACCAACAUUGAAUCACAGUUAAGUGAUCUCUGCAAAGGAGCACUGACCAUGGAUUAUCGCACUGAUGAAGGUGCUGAGUCUUCGGACGGAGAGUUAAGUGGCGGGGAGCUGGUGGAAGCUUGUGAAAGUCAAGAAUGGCACGGCGGGCGUCGAAGCCAGGACAUCAAAGGAAUGCUGAUGCGCAAAUAUAGUGGCUACCUCAGCAGUUUAAGAAAAGAAUUCUUGAAGAAAAGAAAGAAUGGCAAGCUACCAAAAGAUGCGAGGCUCACACUGCUAGAUUGGUGGAACAACCAUUAUAGGUGGCCAUAUCCUACGGAGGAAGAGAAGCUGAAAUUAUCAGAGAUGACAGGACUAGACCAGAAGCAAAUCAACAACUGGUUCAUCAACCAGAGGAAGCGCCACUGGAAACCGUCGGAAGAUAUGAAAUUCGCUCUAAUGGAGGAUGUUGCCGGAAGUAUCAGAGGAGGACCUACGUACUUUGAUACCGGAGCUGGAAUCGGAACUGCUGAUGAUAUUUGAUCAGAACCACUGUAUGUAUUCAUUCUAGGCAUCCUUUCCACAUGUAAAAUUAUUUACUCUCACCAUAUAUUGUACUCUGUAACCCAUACAAAUCUAUGUACAUGUUACUCUUGUUUUUUUGAAGUUAUUAAACUAUUUUUCUAGUUAA